CCUUUGGCCAUUCGAGGAACUGAGUCCUCCCCAUUUCUUUCAUUUGGUCGUGAUUUUCUGAAUUGGAUCCGACCUGAAUUCUCUGCUGCUUGGCUUUUACCUCUCUCUCUCUCUCUCUCUCUCUCUGCACAUCUCUUAGCCAUUUGAUGAAGAUGAAUCUUUUCCUUUUCUAAAAACAUUGAUCGGAUCUGAAUUUUGUAAUACAUCAUGGGCAUCUUUCUCUUUUUGCGUGUUUUUUUUUUCUCCCAUUUGAGGAAAUGGGUUCUUUCUUUUGGUUGAAUUUGAUCUGGUCUGAAUUUUCUUCUGCAUGACCGAGUCCUAUCUCUCCACCUGUCUUUUAGCCACUUCUGAAAUUGGUUCUUUCCAUCCGUUGAAUUAGGCCAUGGCCUUUCUCUCUGCACGUCUUUUAGCCACUUGGGAAAUGGGUUCUUUCCGUCUGUUGAACUAGGUUGUGACUUUUUCAUUUUUUAAUUUGAUCUGCUCUGAAGUUUCAACCGCAUCACUACUGUCUCUCUUUUACUGCAGUUGAGGAAAUGGGUCAAUUUCCAUUGGUGGAAUUUGGUUGUGAAAUUUUCAUAUUUUGAUAGGUUCUUGCCCUUUUAGUACCUUUUCAGUUGUUUGGGUAAUGGGUCAUUUCUAAUCAUCGAAGUCAAGACUGAUUUAUGUUCCAUGUAUAAGUUUCAAAAUGAGAGAAGUUUCCUUGUUAGAUGUGUAGUGAUUUAACUUUGCAGAUUGUGCUGGAUUUUUUCUGUAUCCUCGAUGUUACCUUUACUUUUUAGUUCUUCAGGAAUGCUGUUUUUAUUUCCAAUUGUAACAGUUCUUCUUCUUUUCUCCCCCCAAAUAUGUGCCUACUUGGCAUGGGAAACUGGUGUGAAGAUGGUGGCUCCUGAGAUGAAAUUGCCACAAAUUGCAGUACUUGGUGCAGGUAUCUUUGUCCGCACACAAUAUAUUCCUAGGCUAAGAGAGAUAGCUGAUAUCGUGGUUCUUAAGACAAUAUGGAGCCGGAGUGAGGAAUCUGCAAGAGCUGCUGCGGAACUUGCACGAGAUUUUUCCCCCAAUAUUGAAUGCAAGUGGGGAGAGACAGGUCUUGAUGAAAUUAUUCAUGAUAAGUCGAUACAUGGAGUUGCAGUCGUUCUUGCUGGACAAACUCAGGUGGAUAUCUCACUGAAGAUGCUAAAGGCAGGGAAGCAUGUUGUUCAAGAGAAACCGGCUGCCAGCUCUGUCAGUGAGGCUGAAACUGCACUGUCAUUCUACAACUCUUUUAGAACCAAUGUACCCCGUCAGCCAAUUUGGGCUGUGGCAGAAAACUAUCGAUUUGAGCCCGCUUUUGCGGAGUCCAGAAAACUUAUGAAUGAGAUUGGGGACAUGAUGAGCGUCCAAGUCAUUAUUGAAGGAUCAAUGAGCAAUUCAAAUCCUUACUUCUCAAGCUCUUGGAGAAGAAAUUUCACGAUCGUUGGGUGUGAGGUCACCACCGUUUCUGCUAUUACCUCUCAUGUGGAUUUGACUUUGCCUCCCCCAGAUAAUAUAUCUGCUGCUUUUCAAUUGGAGAACGGUUGUGCUGGGGUGUUUGUAGUGGUAGUUUCUGCAAGAUCAUCCAAGACAUGUUGGCGAGUUGUUGGCUCAAAGGGCACUGUGCAAGUCGAGCGUGGUAACAUAGAUGGGAAGCACGGCUACUCGGUUUCAUUUCAUGCAGCUGACGGUCAUUGCCAAAGUUCCUUCCAUCCAUUUUGUGGAGUGCAUGAAGAACUAAAAGCUUUUGUUCGUGACAUUUCACAGGCCACCCUUGCGGAUGGAGCUAGCUUUGAACCAGAUCCUCGCAGUUCUUUCAUUGAAGGUGCCCGAGAUAUUGCCGUCUUAGAAGCCAUGCUUGAAUCCGGUGCGAAGCGGGGUGCUCUGGUCCAUGUGAGGAAGUUGUAACCAAAUGCAUGUAUGCAUGAUGCUUAGGCACUUAAAUCACACUACCAAUUGUUGUUUGGUUGGACUUACUCUCAUGAUUUUGUUAUCUGUUGGAAGUAAAAACAUGUUCAAAUUAUUUUGUAGCACAUUGUCAAUCCUUAAUUAUUGAUAAUGGUGGCUUCAAACA